AUGAAGAUGAUAGUCUUUGCAACAAUUAAUAAAUGUUUAAAAAUGGGACGUCGCUCCUCAGACACAGAAGAAGAGAACCGAAGCAGAAGGAAAAAGAAACACCGCAGGCGUUCGUCUUCAAGUAGCUCCUCAGACAGCAGAACAUACAGCCGUAAAAAAUCUGGAAGGAAAUCAAGGUCAAGGUCGCGCUCUCGAGAUCUCCAGUCUCGUUCACAUUCCUAUGAGAAAAGACGCAGACACAGAUCGAGCAGUAGUUCUUCAUAUGGUUCUAGAAGAAAACGCAGUCGUAGCCGAUCGAGGGGCAGAGGCAAAUCCUACAGAUCUCAAAGAUCGAGAUCAAAAAGUAGAACAAGAAGAUCACGAUCAAGACCUCGUCAACGUUCUUAUAGUCGAAGUAGUGAAAGAUCCAGUCAUAGGAGAACUCAUAGCGGGUCUCGUGAAAGAGAGCGGCGUAAAGGCAGAGAGAAAGAAAAAAUAAAAGAGAAGGGCAAAGGAAAAGAAAAGGAGAUAUAUGGCGCGAAGCAUGGGGACUCUGGAAACAUCAAAGCUGGAUUAGAACAUCUGACUCCUGCUGAACAGGCCAAAGCUAGAUUACAGCUGGUUCUUGAGGCAGCUGCUAAAGCAGAUGAAGCAUUAAAGGCUAAAGAGAGAAGUGAAGAAGAAGCAAAGAAAAGAAAGGAAGAAGGUAAUACUUUUUUUUUUUUCCCCACUAACAAACUAAAAUCCAACCAAGCCACCCUAGUGGAGCAAGUGAAACGAGUAAAAGAAAUUGAAGCUAUUGAAAGUGACUCCUUUGUUCCACAGACAUUCAGAUCAAGUAAAGAAGUCAAAAAGUCAAUAGAGCCUACUGAACUACAAUACGAACCUGUAACUAUCGGAGCGGCAACUGUUGAUGCAUCUGCUCCUGAAAAAGAACCACCACCUGCCAAUAUUCCUACUGCCAUCAAAUAUCAAGAUGAUAAUUCUUUAGCACAUCCGAAUCUGUUUAUCGAGAAGGCAGAAGCAGAAGAGAAGUGGUUUCAGAGGCUGAUUGCUCUUCGGCAAGAAAGGCUGAUGGGCAGUCCGGUGGCCUGAGCGAACUGCUGUGACCAUCACAUACCAGUUCUCCACGAAUGCUAAAAAAUCCUACCAUUAAAUUGUUUUAUUUUUCUCUUUUGAGGGGAUUUUAAUACUCAGUAUGCGUUGUACAGAGAAUAAAUAUUUCAUCUGAAUAAACAAGAAUGUUCUAUCCUCCGUUUUUCUCCCGAACUCAUUGCCGGGUGACUUGUAUCGCUGAGCUACCCGCUGUAGAUGAGAAGGCUAUCAGAGCAGUGUAAUUUUCUUUUUUUGUGCUGAAUUCCUCUGGGGUGCAAAAAACCUGACAGCCCAAGGAGACAUAAUUUUAUACCUCCCAAUCAAAAAAAUAUAUAUAACCAUGUAGCAGUUUAAAGAUAAAUGAAAAAAUAAGACUGUCAAAGUUCAGAUUUACCAGUGUUGAGAGAGUAGGAGCACAAGCGAUACCACCCUGGGCCAUUACAUCUUCUGCAGCUGGAGGAGGAGUCAGGGCAGAUGAUAUCGCUGUUACCUCUUCUUCCUUCCGUUCUGCGUUACGGGAGCAGCUUUUGAGUCCCAAACAUCUGUGGACAGUCUCCUUGCUGAGGGGCUCUCCUAAACUGAUGCGUUCGUCAGCCUGCUCCAGCCUUAGCCUGGUUCCUCACUUCUGGUGGGCUUAAGUGGAAAGGAAUGUUUUACGUUUCCUCGAACGUCUACCCCCUACUGUUACCAUC